AAAUAAGUACUGGAACGGGAAUUUUAACAUUUUCAAUUUUUAUGUUUUAUUAAAAUAGAAACAAAAGCGGAGAAAGAAAGCAAGAUGGCUGACCAGCAAAUGCAGCAGAGAUCUUCGUCGGAGUUGCUGACCUCCGAAAAGGAGCAGCUGGAACGGGAGCAGAGCAAACAGCAGAUCAACGAAGAGCAGUUCAAUCGGAAGGAACAACAAAUCACCCAGCAGCUGAUCACGACUCAACAGCAACACGAACAAAAACUAAUCGAGCAGCAGCAGCAGCUGACUCAGCAGCAGCAGCGUCAGGAGCAGAAACAAGUUUCCACUACGACGUCAUCAACGAUGUCGCCAUCAGGCGCCAAAACCGUCAAAACAUCCAAGAAAACAGUCACCUCCAAGAAAACAACAUCUAAAACAACAAAAUCAACAAAAUCAUCAACGUCGUCGUCAUCCUCCUCCUCAAUGACGUCAGCAACACCGGAAAGACAUCAAGAACCGAUAUCGACAAUAACGUCAACAUCGUCGUCGUCAUCGUCACAGUCGGCCACCAGUCGGCAGGUGGUCAUCCAUUCGAGCGGCGAGACCUACAGCCAGCACAGGGCUCACUAUUCGAGGACGGGCGAAAUCUCGCAACAAGUUAAAUCCGACCUUGACCCGUCCCAACAAAUUUUUCAGAUCCUUCUACCAACCACUCCAGAAAAUGCCGCAGCUACAGUCAUACAUCUCCGUCCGGAAAACUUAACGAGUGCCGGAAAUGACGGAGGUAAGGAACAAACCGCCAUACUAAAUUUCAACAUGUCGGAAUUUGAAUCGCAGUCGAUAGAUGUUAGAACGGAUGGAAACAAAGUUGAGGUACACGCUACAAAAAAGCACGUCAAUCCUGACGGUGAAGAAAGGAAGGAAGAAUUUUCCAGAAUCUACGAACUCCCAACCGGAGAUGACUUAGAUCCGGCCACAUUGCAAACAUCCCUUUACCAAGAUGGCGUCCUAACUAUCGAACUUCCGAUUAGGGUUGAUAUCACGGGCCCCAACGGUAACGUCACUGGGGAUGGCAGUGGUCUAUCUGGGGGCUCUUUGACCAUUACUGAAGUUAAAUAAUAGAUGAGAUUAUUUCUCAUAUAAUGUUUUUUUUUUGUUUUCAAUUUAUGAGUAUUAUAAGUAGAUGGGAGAUAAUUUUCGUUUUCAAUUGCCAAAAUAAUACUUAAAUGAACAAUUUAAUUGAUAAUAAAAUCGAUUUAUGAUCUGGUUAAUUAUCUAAUUAAUUAAUUAAUUUAUUAAUUAAUUUAUUUAUUGAUUAAUUUUACAAUUAGUUUUAGCAUAUUUAAAUUAAACA